GAUACGGCCAACCUACCACUUUAAUUAUCAGGUAUCCAAAUAACAGUAACUUUUUCCAAAUCAAUUGCAUCCUCAUGUUUUGUUUUCUCACUCAGAUUUUCCGAUGGAAACGUGAACUGUGUCUACUUAUACUUUGCGCUGUGACCUAGAUUAACUCAUCAAGGCCUGAACCCAGAGCCAACUGGACUCCCAUCUCUUCUAACCUGAACCGCGUUACAUGUGUGGAUAACAGGUGAGGUAGGUACCUAAGUGUCCACCUGCCACCUGCAACACCUCACUUCAGUAAAUGAGACCAGGCUACAGACAGACAGACAAAAAAAAAAAAAAAAAAACACAUUCACUGCAUCAUGGAAUUUCUCAAAAAUAGCAAUGGACGCCUUUCUCACAAGACUUGGCGCGCAAGCCAUGAACAUGGCCAUUCGGUCUGGCAUAGCUUUGACAUCAACUUAUGCAGUUCAGCAAUGUUCUCGGCUUCUCAAAACAGUUGAUGACAAGUCGAUCCGCGCAGAGCUGAAGUUGUUGCAGCAAGAACUCAACGAGAGGAUCAAAAUAAUUUCACCCGCCAUUGACUUGAUCGAGUUCAAAGCUGGAAGAGGCAACGUCUUCCUCGAGAACGCUGUUCCACUAGCAAAAGGCCUUCGGCGAAGCAUCGUUACUCUCGGUAAACGACUCGAAGAUGUCGCCUGCGCCGAGGAAGAGGCCCAAAAGCACGCCAGUGAUGCCAGGGCAAGACCACGGACGUCAGAGUCUCAGGCAGCAGAGCUACGCAGCAUAAUCAGCGAGAUGAAAACCCUCCUUGGUCGCAUCGAACGUGAUGCUCACAUGCUCCAGUUCGCCAUCAGCGCAUCCGGAGAGAACUUAUCAACUUCGUUACCUCCAGGUGUCUCGCCUUCUCGCCUGAUGCAGGCCAGCACCUUUUUGAGCAUUGGGGACACGCAGUUUGCCAGUGACCCAUAUAGGCCGGUUCAGAUAGGGCCUUCAUUCACCCUCUCACUUUAUCUGCUGUUCAUGGGCCAUAGCAAGACCGAGACGCGUGCGAGACCUGCGGAGAGCAAUGCAUUAUCACCUAUAGAUUCUGGUAAUCCUGUCAAUAAUACCACCAAUCAUGAGGAUGAGCCUUAUGGCUUCCAAGAGGGCGAGCGAAAACCAUUGUGGCAGGAGGUUGUGCACAAAGCCCGCGUCAGGCUUUGUCGUGUCCCCCCUGACUGGAAGUUUGAUCGUGAGAGGGGCUACAUUCCUCUACCAUCAACUCAUUCACCAUCGAGAGCUCAACAUGCACAUUCUAGCUAUUCAUACGCGGCCAAAAAUGAAUUCUCAUAUCAUCUGGAGAUAGUUGAAGACCUGGAUGAUGGCCGUCUGCAUGACGAGGAGGGCGGCUUCUUUGAUGAUAUGCCAAUGGCAGGAAUAAGAGAGUCGAUACCACUCCACCAACUUUCAAAGAUAUUCUACACUAACACGGGCAGAAUUCUGAAUAUUGGUCAGGAAUUGGCACCUGACAAUAACCCAGCCUUGCUACUGAAGCGAGACUCAACGGCACCUACUCCUAAACAAGUGAUUGGCGAUAUCUUAAAUAGUGUCGAGCAAACAGCAACGAACACGGACAAUGAGUUUGAAUACCAGAACGAAACGCGGUUAGACUCGCAAGCGGAGCUUGACUUGCAGAUUCUUCGGGAGAGUAGCGAGUCGUCCUCCGAAAAAGCACCAACUCCGUAUCACAAACCUCGAUCGGAUUCAACCCAGGCCCCGAAAAGCUCGUACAGUUUUCCCAAACACCUUGACCCGGAGUGGAUAGCCCUAGAAGUGUUCACAGAGCUCGACGAUGAGAGCAUCUCCUCCACCGAGUAUGAAUCGAGCGAAGACGACCAGGACUCGAGCACGAGCACAACCAAGAGCAGGCCCGACGUCAAGGGCAAACGCUCCUCACUUGACGCGAAACUCAUGCAACAAAUCAGAGACAUCUCUUUGCGUUCUGGUACAACGUCGCCACCGCACAGCGGUCGGGAGCUCAGGAACACGGUCAGCCCAGAGUCGUUCGCAACCAGGUCGCCCUUUGGCUCCAUCACGUCCUCACUAUCACUGCUAGAGAUGAUUAUCCGCCUGGCCAGCCUCCAGGAGUUCCAGCAGACAUCCCACCUGUCGAUCCCUGACCACAUUCUCACUUUCUUUUUGGAGGAGACGGCCACAACGGGUCUUUCGGGCGAGGACAAGUGGAAGGCUAGGAGUGAGGCCAAGAAGAAGGUUGGCUUUGAUCCAUACCAUGAUGCCACAAACUAGAACUAGAUUAUGUUGGACACUUUGAAGAGAAAUAACAUGUGCGCAUAGAACAAAUAUCACAAAACUGCUUUCCUUACCGCUUACGAC